AAUCACAGACUCGUUCUACAUUUAAAGAUUCGUCCUCUGUCUGUCCCGGGUUGGUCUUUGUCCCAGGGAAUAACAGCAGAGAGUCCACGGAGCCUAAUUGGGUGAAGGGUUGAGGGACAUCUGUCUGAUUAGCCUCCUCCUCCUCCUCCUCCUCCUCCUCCAGCAGCAGACGGGGAUUAAGCUCCUGCUCUGUAAUUAUUAUAACUCAUACGUCAGCAGAGAUCCAGGCGGGUUCCCCGGGAGGCCGGAGGAGGAGGAGGAGGAGGAGAGGUGCAGCCGCUGAGGCUCCGGGGAGACGUGGAGCGACACGGGCCGGAGCAGCAGGAGGAGCAGGAGGAGCAGGAACAUCCGCCUGAGUCAGCGCCACGACGCGCACACACACACACACGCGCUCCCCCGGCACCGAGCGCGGCGCUAAUACGCAUCAAGAUGGCGGUGCAGGCAGCGGAGAGCGACGGGAGAAACGCGCAGCUCGAGCACCUGAACGACUCGCUGGGGAAGCCCGUCCUCAUCUCACCUGACAAGGACCUGUCUCGUGUCCUGACGGUGCCGUUCAGCGGCCGCAUCCGGGGCGGCAUGCGUCCCGGGAAGAAGAUCAUCGUGAUGGGGAUCGUGGACCAGGAGCCGGAGAGCUUUGACGUGAGCCUGACCUGCAGCCGGGACUCGGACAAGGAGGAGCCGCCGUACGACGUGGCCCUGAAACUCAGCGCCCGCUUCAGCGACCGCCAGUUCCUACGCAGUGCCCGCAUCUCUGGGAAGUGGACGGGGGAGGAGGUGUCCACUUCCUACUUCCCCUUCAUCCCUGACCAGCCCUUCAGGGUGGAGAUCCACUGCGAGCACCAGCGGUUCCGGAUACUCGUGGACGGACACCCGCUGUUUGACUUUUAUCACAAAGUGAAAUCUUUGCCCUCGAUCGACUCAGUACGGAUACAAGGAGAUCUACAGAUCACCAAGCUCGGCCUACCCCCGCUCUGCAGUUGUGAUGUCACCACACCAGAGUACUCGAGCUCUGUGGUAGGUCCUCAGAAGGUGAGGCCUCACGCUGCUGUGAAUCUGGAUUAA